CCAAGCUACAGAAACUAUCAGCCAUGCUGCAGAUUUACUGGAUUACCAUCACCACUGUUUGUGUAGGACUGGCAGGUGUCUCUGGUGACAAGAUCAUAGAUGGGGAAGAAGCUAAACCUCACAGCCGACCCUACAUGGCCUUCUUGAUGAUUAAACGUGAUAAAAAGAUAUACCAGUGUGGUGGUUUCCUCAUUCUUCCAAACUUCAUCUUGACUGCAGCACACUGCAAAGGACAGACCAUCACUGCUCUUCUGGGGGCUCAUAAUCACUCUAAAAAGGAAAAAUCCUGGCAGGAGAUACCAGUGAAGGAAAUCAUUCCCCAUGAAUGUUUUAAUAAUAUAACCAAAGUAAAUGACAUCAUGCUUCUGAAGCUGAAGCACAGUGCCAAAAUCAAACAGAACGUCGGAACCAUCAGCAUUCCAAAGAGAGGUGAUGGCUUCAGCCCUAAUAAUUGCUAUGUGGCAGGAUGGGGAAGAACUGAAACCAAUGGGAAAGGCAGCAGUGUGCUGAGAGAGGUGAAGGUCAACGUCAAUGUACACGUUCUAUCUAUUUCCCAAAUCUUUGCAAGAGGCACUGGAAUAAAAGGUGACUGUGAGGGAGAUUCGGGUGGACCACUGGUUUGUCAAGAUAAUUUGAACAAGCCUACAGUUGUGGGGAUUGUGUCUUAUGGCAAAAAGAGAUGCGAAGAUCCAGGUAGUAGCGUCUACACAAGGGUGUCUGCAUACCGGGACUGGAUUGAAAUGAAAAUCAAUGCCAGCUCUUCUGCUUGAUGGCUCUUCCAGUGACACGAUGAGUUUGCUACGUCUGCCAGCUCAGAUGCUGAGUAGUGAUCUUAUAUCACACUCUCUCACCACUGCGAGUCCAUUCACAUGGAAGAAUGCUGGGUAGCUUUACCGCUGUCCUUAAAUCAUACCCACCAGCACAUGUAACUGCUUAUUUGCUUCAAUAA